GUGACGGGAUACGUCGCGAGCGGAGUAGCGAGUCGUAGAAAAGGGGACAUCGUCCACUGCUCGGGAGCGAGAGACGCAAAUCAGCUGGUAUGUCAAAUAAUCAGCUGGUUGACUCCUGUCUACGCGUCCUACAGGAGAAAGCCCCCGACAUGCCGCAAUACACCGGACAGGGCGACACGGAUUACCAUGGGAGUAACGGACAGGCGGACACCCACUCGUUGCACUCGUCUCAUCUGUCCGUCCAGGAGGACCCGCUGCUUAUCCGGACCCACAAGCAACAGACUUCUCAGCAAGUGACGACCGUGACGAAAGUCGUGCGCGAGGUUUCCCACAUGGAGCCGGAUCCGGGCGCGGUCAGUUACAUGUCGGUGCCGUUAAUGUCGCAGGACUAUCAGCACGCGGACCCGCGCUACCCCGCGGACCCGUACAUGGUCAGCUUCGACCAUUACGACCCGUACCUGGGCUACCCGCCGCAGCCAGGAUACCCGGGACCCCAUGGCAUCUACAUGCCACGCUCGCAUUCACCCCACAGCCCCCACAGCCCGUCGGAACACAGUCGUGCUUCGCCGCCACACGAGUACAUGCGCAAGGGUGCACCCUACGUGGAGGGUAGCUAUAACGACAUCGACCCCGGCUUAAACCCCGCUUUGCAGGACCAUUAUCGCAUUACUCCAAGUCCAGGCGGUCCCGGGGAUCAGUAUGAUGAGAGUAAAGUGGCCUAUGGCUACGUGUCGCCGUCGCCGUACGGUCCUGUGGGAUACGUGCCCGCCGUGGGGGUUGGACCGGUGCCGAGCGAUGUGCCCGGCUACGAAGAAGGCCACCCGGGAGUGCCCCUCACGUCGGCUGUGCCGCCCGGCAUCUUCGAGGACGAGGUGCACCUCCAACGGCUGCAGUCGCGUCAUCCGGUGGUGCCCGGUAUGGCGAGCCCGCUCGACGACGAGCAGAAGUCCAUGCGCUGGCGGGACCCGAAUCUCUCCGAGGUGAUCGGCUUCCUGAGCAAUCCCAACAAUAUAAUCAAGGCGAACGCGGCCGCGUAUCUGCAGCACCUUUGCUAUAUGGAUGACCCAAAUAAGCAGAAGACGCGUAGCCUUGGCGGCAUACCGCCGCUGGUGCAGCUGCUGGACCACGACAAUCCAGACGUGUACAGGAACGCGUGCGGCGCGCUGCGGAAUCUGUCGUAUGGACGACAGAAUGACGAGAACAAGCGCGCGAUCAAGAAUGCGGGCGGCGUGCCGUCCUUGAUCAACCUGCUGCGACGGACGUCCGAUGCGGAAGUCAAGGAGCUUGUCACGGGAGUGCUGUGGAACUUGUCUUCGUGCGAAGACCUGAAGAGGUCGAUCAUCGACGAUGGCGUGACGAUGGUGGUGAGCAACAUAAUAAUACCUCACAGCGGCUGGGACCCGAGCUCGUCGAGCGGCGAGACCUGCUGGUCCACCGUGUUCAGAAACGCGUCCGGCGUGCUGAGGAACGUAUCGAGCGCGGGCGAGUACGCGCGGAAGAACCUGCGCGAGUGCGAGGGCCUGGUGGACGCGCUGCUCUACGUUGUGCGUUCCGCGAUCGAGAAGUCCAACAUCGGUAACAAGAUCGUCGAGAACUGCGUGUGCAUCUUGAGGAACCUGAGCUACCGUUGCCAGGAGGUGGAAGACCCGAAUUACGACAAGCACCCGAUUCAGUCCACGGUGCAGAACAGAGUCACCGCACCCGCGAAAGGUGAGAAUCUGGGUUGCUUCGGCGGCAGCAAGAAGAAGAAGGAUGGCCAGCCGGUUCAAAAGGAGACCACCGCGUCACGUACGACGAGUCCGCGGACCGAACCAGUCAGGGGAAUGGAAUUGCUCUGGCAGCCGGAAGUGGUCCAAUCGUAUCUUAGUCUCCUGCAAACGUGUUCGAAUCCGGAAACGUUGGAGGCUGCUGCCGGAGCCCUGCAAAAUCUCGCGGCUUGCUACUGGCAGCCGAGCAUCGAGAUUCGCGCGGCCGUGCGCAAGGAAAAAGGUCUCCCUAUAUUAGUGGAGCUCUUGAGAAUGGAGGUGGACCGAGUAGUCUGCGCGGUCGCAACCGCGCUCAGAAACUUGGCGAUAGACCAACGCAAUAAGGAGCUAAUAGGCAAAUAUGCAAUGAGGGAUCUCAUCCAGAAGCUGCCGUCUGGAAAUAAUCAGCACGAUCAGGGCACAAGCGACGACACGAUUGCCGCGGUGCUCGCGACUCUAAACGAGGUCAUCAAGAAGAACGCCGAGUUCUCGCGGUCAUUGCUCGACGCCGGCGGUGUCGAUAGACUGAUGAACAUCACCAGGCAACGCCAGAAAUACACGCCGCGCGUUCUUAAAUUUGCAGGGCAAGUACUAUUCACUAUGUGGCAACAUCAAGAGUUGCGAGACGUGUACAAGAAGCACGGCUGGAAGGAGCAAGACUUCGUCACGAAAACCGUUGCCGCCAGAAAUUCAGGGCCUAAUUCACCUAACAACGCUAACAGCUACGAUUGCAGCACUCUGAAUCGACCGAUGGCAAGCCAGGGAAGCACAAGAUACGAGGAUCGAACGAUCCAACGAGCGAACAUGAAUUCGAAUAAUGUCGGUCGACCUACUAUAUAUCAAUCACAGCCGAAACCCGGUGAGCCGCUCUACGCGCAAGUUAACUUGGAGAAGAAAAAGAAGCGGCAGUACGAGCUGGGGGUGGGCCAGGGUGGCCAGGUGGGUCAGAUCGGCGGCGGCGCCGCGAUACCUGGGGGCGGCGGCGGCAUAGCUGGACCAGGCGGCGGCGGGGGUGGCCAGUGGGUGCCGGAUGGCGUCGGGAUGAUACCGGACGGUACCGGUGCCACGUCGGUAGCGGCGACGGUAGCGAACCAGGUGCCACCGCCGAGCUCGACCGCCGCCGCCGCCGGCGACUCCUGGGUAUAACGGGUCCUACAAGCGGGUCCUACGCGGGACCGCCGGGAGGACCUCGCCAGAAAUCACGGCCUCGUCGCGUCCCUCCACGGCCGCGUCGAGCGACCGCCGCCUCUGUCGCCGAACCUGUCCAUGUAGCGGAGGCGUAUAGGAGGGAUCACGUCCCCCACUCCGGGGACGGCGAAGUGACGCCUCCGUAAAAUCUCGGAGGAUUGAAAGUGUACGAGGGAUCGGAGGAAGAGCUUAUAACCUGGGACUCUGCUCGAUGUAAGGGACUGCAAGAUGGACACCCGUUAAUUUAUUGGGCACACCCCUUCCGGAUUCGCGAGAAAUCAAGAUGGCCGAUUGGUGACGUUAUGGUCGAGUUGGCUAGGCAUAGCCGAGUUGAGGGAAACGUUUGUUGCAGGGUAUUCAAGCGGAGAUAUAUCGAGAGUAUAGCGAUUAUAUGGAAAACGAGAGAAGUACAGAGAUUUGGGGAAGACCUUGAUGGCCUCCCCCCGAAAUAAGAAAACCCGAGUAUGCGCUGUGCUCGGAUAUAUUCGUCGAAAGAGUACGCGCGAAAGUAUUAUUAAAAAUUGGAGAAUUACGCGGUGCACUUCCGAAAGAUGGCGGCGGAAGAGCGAUGAGACAUUACGCUUUAUCAUUGGAAACAGACGUCCAUAUUAUGAUUAGGAAGAAUCUCGAGGGAAUAACGCAGGAAGUUUAACUACGUCGAGUUAAUCGAACGAAUGGCAGCUGAACUUAGGGUGAUAAAGACAGGCAGCUUUCAAGUUGGAAAACGAGGUGUAUAUUGAUCUAUUUGAGAUAGAACUACGCACGAAGGUGUAUAUAGAGCUGAUUGAAGGACCGACGAUUAGACGAACGAGCGGAUUAACGGACCGACAACUGGAGGAACAGAGAAACUGUAUCCUUUCCGGUGCUCGCAAGUCAGGAUACGCUACCAAUGCGACGAUUGAACGGAAGGUAGGAUUCGGACUGAAGCGGAAGCCGAAGAUCAAGCUGGAAGAAACCGACCUCGAUCACACCCGCCAGGAUAAUUCGCGCGAACGAUCGUCCCGCCUUAGUUUUGACGAUGCGAGAAAAUCAACCCUUUCCUUAUGGUCUCUCCCGCGUCGCAUAUACGAGCGGCGUUGUUAUAACGGCACGAACUUUAAAUAGCCAGGAAAGGAGAAAGGGGUCGAGAUCAAAGGGACGCGCCUAAGAUAUAAUCGAAACGUUUCUUUGGUACACUUCAAUUAAGUAUACAUGAAUUGCGAGAGGAGCUCCUUGCCCGACCUUGAGGGAGCUGGCCUUGACGCAUUUUUAUCGGAGUCCGAGAACCCCCAUCGUCGGAAUAAUAAAGAUCGAGAUCGGUAGCGAGGAGAGAAGAGGCAGCGAACGAGUUCACCGAGUAGAUCCGGCAAACGCGAGAACGCACUUGCAGAUGCACCUGCAGUCUUGAUAUACGAUAAUAGUUAUCAGCGCGCGAGAGAGAGAGAGAGAGAGAGAGAGAGAGAGAGAGAGAGAGGGAGAAUGAGAGAAAAAAGAGAGAAAGAGAGAGAGAAAGCGACGUCCAACCACAUCCGCAGCAGUAGUCGCACUAAUGGCUCUAAUACCUUCAUUGCACAAUUCUAAAUUAAUAUAUAUACAUAUAUGUCUGCGUAUAAAUAUAUUAUAAACACGGCACACGUAUACGCACGUACAUGUAUACACGUACACACACAUAAGCCCUAAGUGUAUAUUUUAAGAUGGUAUUAGCGGCGGCAAAAGGCGCGAGCGUAUACCGAUCAUCGCGAAGUACUGUGCUAAGAAUAAGUUAGGUGUGUCUAUAUAAGUAUUAUAAAUAAGUAAAGGCGAAGAAGCGCCAUGGUGACUUAAAGGGAGGAUCAUCCACGAUUUUUA